AUUGUCCACUAGGUGGCAGCAGUUUUUGACGAAAAUGUUACUGCGCAAGCGCCACUGAGCUUACUCAACAAUCAUGGCGGCGUGUUACGUGAGCGCAUCCAGGACGGCGCUGAAAGGUGCACACCUUGUUCCCGGCCGGUGGCUCCUCACGCGGAGCGGCCGAACCCCGACACUGUGUCAGUGUUCGCGGCUGCCCGCGGCCCGCUGUCGUCCGCUACAUGUCUCCCCUGCCGCCUCCGUGUCCAGCUCCAGGACAGAGCCCGAGAGGAGCACCGGCGCAGACGACGGGAGACCCGGGGAGGAGGAGGAACCUGAAGGUCCGGAGUAUAUCCCCAGAAAAAAGGCGAGGAACCCCAUGAUGAAGAUUGGCUACGCCUGGAUGAUUGGCCUCCCCGUAGGUAUCAUCAGCUUCAUCCUGGCCAAGAGAGCAGUGGACAAAAACCGACUGAAGCAGCUGAAGAUUCGACAGAGGAUGAAAAGCUCAAACGAGGGAGAAUAUGAAGGCAGCCGCUACCGCCAUCAUGGAGAGGAUGUUAACCUGGACCAAUAAUGUUCACGGUUGGCUGUGUUGAUUUGUACAUAUCCUGAAUCUAACUACUGAGACGGUGAUUCCUGCACUCAUGCCAAAGAGUGAAGACAGAGGAGAUGUCAACUUUAUGAGCUUAACUUUAAAACAUCCAAAGACUCUUUGACAUUCAGAACUGGGCAACUAUUUCAUCUAUAGGUUGAUGCAGGAAAUCUGGGAAGGGACAUGUCUGUGACAAAGCCUUUAAUCAGGACAGUUUUUGUUGCUUACUCAUGAACAUAGAUGGCUCAGUGUUAAAUGUGACCACUUCAUUAAAUCUGGAGAAUGACCGCAUAUUUACCGGCCGUCAUGCUGAUGUUUUAUGAAGAGAAUAGAGGAAAUAAAUGAAAAUGUAUAUUUA